AAAACAAAGCACGAUAGUGAUAGUGGUCGAAGCCCAGUGGAAGACCCGGUCCGGGCGAGCGUGGGGGGCUCUUCCCCCUGGGGCACAAACGUCUCUAUGUAGGUUAGAGAGCCGUGGGGAUGUAGGCCGACUAUAUACGCGGCUGCCAAGUCGAUCUGACAGUUUAUUUAAAAGUGCUUCUUCGCUGUCUACGGUAGAAAUAUCAAUUGCGCAAAACAUGUGGCGACAAUUCACCUUGCUCCUUAUAGGAGCCGCUGCGGUAAUGGCUCAAAGGAGACUGGCUCUGCCGGAUCCCAGGAGUUGCGUGAAUAGGGUGCGCCACGCUUCUUACAGGGACGCCAGAGGUGUGACACACUCGUACUUCUUCAGCUGGGAACACGGACCGACCAGCAGACUGGAAGUCGACUGGUUGGACGCCAGGAACAUCUGCAGAAGACACUGCAUGGACGCCGUCUCCUUAGAAACACCCCAAGAGAACGAGUUUAUCAAACAGAGGAUAGCCAGAGGAAACGUGCGUUACAUUUGGACAUCAGGAAGGAAAUGUAACUUCGCAGGUUGCGAAAGAGCCGAUUUGCAACCCCCGAACAUUAACGGAUGGUUCUGGUCUGGAUCCGGAGCUAAAAUUGGGCCCACCACCCAAAGGAAUACUGGAGAUUGGAGUUUCACCGGCGGAUUUGGACAGGCUCAGCCCGAUAACAGAGAAGCUGCUCAGGGUAACGAUGAAUCUUGCCUUUCUAUACUCAACAACUUCUACAACGAUGGUUUGAAAUGGCACGAUGUGGCUUGUCACCACGUCAAACCCUUCGUAUGCGAAGACAGUGAGGAGCUCCUUAACUUCGUAGCGUCCAGAAACCCAGGAAUACGUCUAUAAACCGAUGGCUUUCCGUAGUUUUAGUAUAAACACUGGGUACCUUCAAAAUGACCAAAAAUACGAAAUAACUAUCAAAAAAAUCACGUAACAACUAAUUUAUUAUUUUAUUUAUAUUAUGUGAUUUGAUUAUGUCGGAGAAACUAUAUUUUUGUAUUACAUCAAUUUAUGAGUAUGAAUGUACCUGUAUUAAUUUUGUGGAAAAUUUACAAUUGGUCAUUUUUUUGAAUAUUUAAAAAAUUCCAACUUUCUUUUUCUACUCGAGAUCCUUAUAUUAGUUUUGUAUCUAUUUUAAAUUAUGUAUAAUAUAAAAAUUACACCAGACGAUUACGAUUUUUCUUAAUAACUCAAAAUUAUUACUACAAAAGAAAUGUUGAUGCCGGUCUAGUAUGCGGUCUACCCUACCGCAUCUGGUUUAGUAUGCGGUCUACCCAAAUAUAUUUUAUACAAAGUAUUUAUUACAAAGUAUAACAGCAAGAUUUUGUAAAUUGACCCUUUAUUAUUAUUGACCGGAUCGUGUUUAAUUGACGUUUCUUACUUCUUUCUGUAACGUGUACUUCGAUUAAAAAGAUUUUUUUUUCUUCAAUUUUACGUUCUAUUUUGUUAUUAAAUUGAAAUAUCUCGAAAAGUGUAAUCAUUAGAUAUGGGGAAUGUUUAAUAAGAAUGAAAGUACUUCAAAAAUACUU